AUGAAUGGUUUCGAAGACCAGGAUAAAGUUAUCACUACCUGGCACAUUGCAUUCAAGCGAUGCACAGACUUCGAUUUAUGGGGACAGCCGGUUGAAGCUAUCGAUGGAUAUCACAGACUUUCCAAGCAGCUGCAAGAGUUCUGUGGAACAGACAGCCAGUUAUUUACUGAUGAACAGAAGAAAGUUCUCGGGAAGAUUUCAGUUUGUUUGAAUUUACGAUGCAAGGUCUUACAGAAUCCUGGAUCUCCUGAGGGAAUUCUCUUAGAAGAUCUGAAACGCAUCGGCUCAACUUUGAAGACGGUAUUGAGUAAAAAAUGUCAAGACUUCCCAGUGGAUAUAACAGUGGCCCAGAUACGCACACAGUCCCUCAGCAAUACACAGUUUCCAGUAUCUUCAGAUCUAGAUGAGGAAAAGCAAGAAGGCAGAGCCAAUGGAAAUUUACUGCCCAAACCUCUGCCUGUAGAGGGUAUGCCCAUGCUGACCAUUCGGAUAGAGAAAAUUUGUCUGAAGGAUGCACGCCAGUUUAUAGACCCUUACAUCACUGUAUCAGUAAAAGACUCACAAGGAGGAAACCUGAUGUCCCCACAGGAAACCCCAGUAGCCACCCGCAAAGAAAGUCAGCAGAUUAUUUUCAAUAUGGAUGUGUACAUACAGAAAAUGAUUGACAGUCUUCCUGCAGGCUUUGCCAUAUUCUUUGAGUUCAAGCACUAUAAGCCAAAGAAGGCUGCGACCAGUGUUAAAUGUUGGGCGUGUAUGGAGAAGGAUGAGAUCAAGGAGGGAAAUGUGGCUCUGGAACUAUACAAGAAGCCAACUGAUUACAAGAGAAAAAAUAUCCGCCUGCUGACCGUAAAACCUUUGUUUCUACACAUCAAGCUGUUAUUUAAUAUGUAAAAAAUUUGAUGUACCAUAGAUCAUGCCACACAACUCAUACUGGAUUGACAAGUGGACAAUUAUUGUUAAA